CCGCGUCUUUGCGACGAACGACGAUGAGCUACCCACCUCCGCCUCCAGGCUUCAUGCCUCCCCCGGGAUUUGCGCCCGCGCCUCCUCCUGGGAUGCCCCCAGGAAACCAGGCUUCUGGCUCCAAGCUUUCGCCAGAAGCUGUGGCUCACAAGUCACAAAAAUGGAUCCAGAUGCAGAGGAAGCGGUAUGGAGAGAAGAGGAAGGGUGGUUACGUUGACAUGGGCAAGCAGGAUCUGCCCCCGGAGCACGUCCGUAAAAUCAUCAAGGACCAUGGAGACAUGAGCAACCGCAAGUUCCGGAACGACAAACGCGUCCACCUCGGUGCGCUCAAGUAUGUCCCGCACGCGGUGAUGAAGCUACUCGAGAACAUUCCUUAUCCUUGGGAGCAGGUCCGCGAGGUUCCGGUGCUUUACCACAUCACGGGUGCUAUCACGUUCGUGAACGAAAUCCUCGCGUCAUUGAGCCGGUCUAUCAUGCGCAAUGGACGGAUGAGGUUCCCGCCUUUUGACGACGAGGAGCCGCCGUUGGACUAUGGGGACAAUGUGCUAGAUGUUGAACCGCUCGAGGCUAUCCAAUUCGAGCUGGACCCUCAGGAGGACGAGGCGAUCAUCGACUGGUUCUACGACCCCAAGCCCCUCGUGGACACGCCGUCAGUGAACGGGUCCUCGUACAAGUUCUGGUCUUUGUCUCUCCCGGUCAUGGCCAACUUAUACCGGAUGGGACGGACGCUGUUGUCGGAUCAGCCCGACAAGAAUGCGUCCUAUCUGUUCGACAAGAAAGCAUUCUUCUCUGCCAAGGCAUUGAACAUGGCCAUCCCCGGCGGACCCAAAUUUGAGCCGUUGUACCGGGACAUGGACACCUUUGACGACGACUGGAACGAGUUCAAUGAUAUCAACAAAGUCAUCAUCCGUCAGCAGAUUCGCACGGAAUACAAAGUCGCCUUCCCUCAUCUUUACAACUCGCUCCCACGCUCAGUUCAUAUUGCUCCGUAUCACGUACCCAAGAGCGUUUACAUUCGCACGGAUGACCCCGACCUUCCAGCCUUCUACUUCGAUCCGCUCAUCAAUCCCAUUUCCCUGCGGGGCCACAUGUCGAAGAAUGCCCCUCUCGUGUCUCAUGAGGAUACGAUCUUUGGGCCCAACGGCGCGGAUGAUGACACGUUCCAGUUGCCUGAAGAUGCAGAGCCCUUCUUGGCCGACAAGGACUUGGAGACCGAGCUCACGGCAGACGGUAUCGCUCUUUGGUGGGCGCCCGAGCCGUACAACCGUCGUUCUGGGCGCAUGCGUCGUGCGCAGGAUAUUCCCCUCGUGAAGAACUGGUACCUUGAGCACUGUCCACCCAACCAGCCGGUCAAAGUGCGCGUGUCGUACCAAAAGCUGCUGAAGACAUACGUGCUGAAUGAGUUGCACACCCGACCCGAGAAGGCAAUGACGAAGAAGAACUUGUUCCGUCAGCUCAAGAGCACCAAGUUCUUCCAGACCACUAAGCUCGAUUGGGUUGAGGCUGGGUUGCAGGUCUGCCGACAAGGUUACAACAUGCUGAAUCUUUUGAUCCACCGGAAGAACUUGAACUACCUGCACUUGGACUACAACAUGAACCUGAAACCCGUCAAGACGCUGACCACCAAGGAGCGUAAGAAGUCUCGAUUCGGAAACGCGUUCCACUUGUGUCGUGAAAUCCUGCGAUUGACAAAGCUCGUUGUCGAUGCUCACGUGCAAUUCCGACUUGGGAACGUUGAUGCGUUCCAGCUUGCAGACGCGUUGCAAUACAUCUUUGCUCAUAUUGGCGCCCUGACAGGAAUGUACCGAUACAAGUACAAGCUCAUGCGACAGGUUCGGAUGACCAAGGAUCUGAAGCACUUGAUCUAUUAUCGGUUCAACACGGGGCCUGUCGGAAAGGGACCGGGCUGCGGGUUCUGGGCCCCGGGCUGGCGAGUUUGGUUGUUCUUCAUGCGUGGGAUCGUGCCGCUUCUGGAGCGAUGGCUCGGGAACUUGCUUGCUCGACAGUUCGAAGGUCGUAACAGCAAGGGUGUGGCCAAAACAGUGACGAAGCAGCGAGUGGAAUCGCAAUACGACUUGGAGUUACGUGCUGCUGUGAUGCACGAUAUCAUGGACAUGAUGCCCGAGUCGAUCAAGCAGAACAAGACAAAGACGAUCCUCCAGCAUUUGUCCGAGGCAUGGCGAUGCUGGAAAGCCAACAUCCCGUGGAAGGUGCCGGGAAUGCCUACUGCUAUCGAGAAUAUCAUCCUGCGCUACAUCAAGAGCAAAGCAGAUUGGUGGUGCUCUGUCGCCCACUACAACCGAGAGCGCAUCCGUCGUGGCGCCACUGUCGACAAGGCCGUUGUGAAAAAGAACUUGGGUCGGCUGACCCGGCUGUAUCUCAAAGCAGAGCAAGAGCGGCAGCACGGUUAUCUCAAGGAUGGACCGUAUAUUAGUGCCGAAGAAGCGGUCGCGAUCUACACCGCCACUGUCCACUGGCUCGAAAGUCGCAAGUUUGCACCCAUCCCUUUCCCGCCACUGUCGUACAAACACGACACGAAGCUGCUCGUGUUGGCGCUGGAAAAGCUUAAGGAGGCCUAUUCAGUGAAGGGCCGUCUCAAUCAGUCGCAGCGUGAAGAACUUGCCUUGAUUGAACAGGCAUAUGACAACCCUCACGAGUGCUUGUCCCGUAUCAAACGUCUUUUGUUGACCCAGCGUGCCUUCAAGGAGGCCGGAAUCGAGUUCUUUGAUACUUACGACAAGCUCAUCCCCUGUUACGAUAUCGAGCCCGUCGAAAAGAUCACUGACGCCUAUCUCGAUCAGUUCUUGUUCUUCGAAGCUGACAAACGUGGACUGUUCCCCGCUUGGAUCAAACCGGCUGACACAGAGCCACCUCCGUUGUUGGUCUACAAAUGGUGCCAGGGAAUCAACAAUUUGACCGACAUCUGGGAGACGAGCGAGGGCGAAUGCAAUGUUCUGAUGGAAACGGUGCUGUCCAAGGUGUAUGAGAAGAUUGAUCUGACGCUGCUCAACCGACUUUUGCGGCUCAUUCUGGACCACAAUUUGGCGGACUACAUCACUGCAAAGAACAACACUGUGCUCACAUACAAGGACAUGGCACACACCAAUGCCUUCGGCCUGAUUCGUGGACUGCAGUUCUCUGCCUUCGUCUUCCAGUACUACGGCUUGGUGCUAGAUCUGCUCAUUCUCGGUCUCAAGCGAGCGAGCGAGAUGGCUGGCCCACCGACGAUGCCCAACAACUUUUUGCAGUACCGGGACUCGGAAACGGAGACGCAUCAUCCCAUUCGAUUGUAUUCCCGAUACGUGGAUCGUUUGCACAUCCUCUUCCGGUUCACAGCAGACGAAUCACGGGACUUGAUCCAACGGUACCUCUCAGCGAACCCAGAUCCGACGAACAACAACGUAAUCGGAUACAACAACAAGAAGUGCUGGCCCAGAGAUUGUCGCAUGCGCUUGAUCAAGCACGAUGUGAACCUCGGUCGUGCUGUGUUCUGGAAUGUCAAGCAGAGUCUGCCAAGAUCCCUGACGACUAUCGAAUGGGAGGAUACAUUCGUCAGCGUCUAUUCGCAGAACAACCCACAACUUUUGUUCUCGAUGUGCGGCUUCGAAAUCCGGAUUUUACCCAAGAUUCGCACCAUCGGCGGAGAACAGUUCUCGCUCAAGGACGCCGUGUGGAACUUGACCAACGAGCAGACCAAGGAACGCACCGCACAAGCGUUCUUACGUGUCUCAGAUGAUGGUGUUCAGGCUUUCAAUAAUCGAAUCCGGCAGGUCCUGAUGAGCUCUGGGUCAACGACGUUCUCCAAAAUUGUCAACAAGUGGAACACUGCCCUGAUAGGACUGAUGACCUAUUACCGCGAGGCUGUGAUUCACACGAAUGAGCUAUUGGACUCGCUCGUCAAGGCUGAGAACAAGAUUCAGACUCGUGUCAAGAUUGGGUUGAACUCGAAGAUGCCGUCCCGUUUCCCGCCCGUGGUGUUCUAUACGCCCAAGGAGCUGGGUGGUCUGGGUAUGCUCUCAAUGGGUCACGUGCUUAUCCCCCAGAGUGAUUUACGAUGGUCAAAGCAAACUGAUGUUGCUGUCACACAUUUCCGCGCCGGAAUGUCGCAUGAGGAGGAUCAACUGAUUCCCAACCUGUACCGUUACCUGCAGCCGUGGGAGGCCGAAUUCUUAGACUCUGCCCGAGUCUGGUCCGAGUAUUCGAUGAAGCGCAAGGAAGCAAAUGCGCAGAACCGCCGGCUGACUCUGGAGGAUCUCGAAGACAGCUGGGAUCGUGGUAUUCCCCGGAUCAACACACUGUUCCAAAAGGAUCGUCACACCCUGGCGUACGAUCGCGGCUGGCGUGUGCGGACAGAUUGGAAGCAAUACCAACUGCUGAAGCACAAUCCCUUCUGGUGGACAUCUCAGCGACACGACGGAAAGCUGUGGCAGCUCAACAACUACCGCGUGGAUGUGAUCGCCGCACUCGGUGGUGUGGAGGGCAUCCUCGAGCACACUUUGUUCAAGGGGACCUACUUCCCUACUUGGGAGGGUCUUUUCUGGGAGAAAGCGUCUGGUUUCGAAGAAUCGAUGCGAUACAAAAAGCUGACCAAUGCACAACGUUCGGGUCUGAACCAGAUCCCUAAUCGUCGGUUCACGCUGUGGUGGAGCCCGACAAUCAACCGAGCGAAUGUGUAUGUGGGUUUCCAGGUCCAGCUGGAUCUGACGGGUAUCUUCAUGCACGGAAAAAUUCCGACGUUGAAGAUCAGUCUGAUCCAAAUUUUCCGUGCUCAUUUGUGGCAGAAGAUCCACGAAAGUGUGGUCAUGGAUCUAUGUCAGGUGUUCGAUCAGGAGCUUGAGCCGCUACAGAUCGAGACGGUGCAGAAGGAGACGAUCCAUCCUCGAAAGAGUUACAAGAUGAACUCGUCCUGCGCCGAUAUUCUGCUGUUCUCCGCACAAAAGUGGAACAUUUCCCGCCCGUCGUUGGUUACCGACGUCAAGGAUGUCCUCGACGGGACCACGUCCAACAAGUUCUGGAUCGACGUUCAGCUGCGUUGGGGUGACUUUGACACGCACGACAUCGAGCGUUACACCCGAGCCAAAUUCUUGGACUAUGUGUCCGAUUCCAUGAGCAUCUAUCCGUCGCCAACGGGUGUGAUGAUCGGCAUGGAUCUGGCGUACAAUCUGUGGAGCGCUUACGGCAACUGGUUCCCAGGAAUGAAGCCGCUCAUCCAGCAGGCCAUGGCAAAGAUCAUGAAGGCCAACCCGGCAUGUCAUGUGUUGCGCGAGCGGAUCAGGAAAGGUCUGCAGUUGUAUUCGAGUGAGCCUACGGAGCCGUAUCUGAAUAGUCAGAACUACUCGGAGCUGUUCUCUAACCAGAUCAUCUGGUUUGUUGAUGACACUAACGUGUACCGUGUCACAAUUCACAAGACCUUCGAGGGCAACUUGACCACCAAGCCCAUCAACGGUGCCAUCUUCAUCUUCAACCCACGUUCGGGCCAGUGUUUCUUGAAGAUUAUCCACACGAGUGUCUGGGCUGGACAGAAACGACUUGGACAGUUAGCGAAAUGGAAGACUGCUGAAGAAGUGGCUGCACUCGUGCGGUCUCUGCCGGUGGAGGAGCAGCCCAAACAAGUCAUCGUGACUCGGAAGGGCAUGUUAGAUCCGCUUGAGGUGCAUCUGCUGGAUUUCCCGAAUAUCGUCAUCAAGGGCAGUGAACUGCAGUUGCCGUUCCAAGCGUGCAUGAAGAUGGAGAAAUUCGGUGAUCUCAUUUUGAGGGCAACCCAGCCGCAGAUGGUUCUCUUCAGUCUUUAUGAUGACUGGCUCAAGUCCAUCUCGAGCUACACUGCCUUCUCGCGUCUAAUCUUGCUCCUUCGUGGCUUGCAUGUGAACAACGAGAAGGCAAAGAUUAUCCUGCAUCCGGACAAGUCGACGAUCACCGAGCCGCACUUUGUCUGGCCCUCGUUGACAGACGAGGACUGGAUCAAGGUCGAAGUGGCGAUGAAGGAGCUGAUCCUGGCCGACUUUGGAAAGCGGAACAGCGUGAACAUCGCGUCUCUGACGGUCAGCGAAAUCCGAGAUAUCAUCUUGGGCCAGGAGAUUGCCGCCCCCUCCGUUCAGAGGCAGCAGAUGGCCGAGUUGGAGAAGAGCUCUGAGGCGCAGAGUCAAGUGACUGCUGUGCAGACGAUGACCACCAAUGUGCACGGUGAUGCCAUUCAGACGGUAACGACGACCAAUUAUGAGCAAACUGUGUUCAGCAGCAAGUCGGAUUGGCGUGUGCGAGCGAUUUCGGCCACGCACUUGCCUCUUCGACUGCAGCACAUCUACGUCUCCAACGAUGACGUCAAGGACGACGCGGCCUCUUACACUUAUGUUUUGCCCAAGAACAUUUUGCGUGCCUUCAUCACUGCGGCUGAUCUCAGGACGCAAGUGGCUGCCUUUUUGUAUGGCGUGUCUCCUCCGGAUAACCCGCAGGUCAAAGAGAUCAAGGCGAUUGCAUGGGUCCCGCAACGUGGAAGCAACAACAGCGUCGAGCUUCCUUCUCAGCUGCCGAAGGACGAGUUUUUGUUCAAGGACCUGGAGCUUCUCGGCUGGAUCAAGACUCAGGCGCUGGAGAUCAACCAUCUGUCCCCGACGGAUGUCACGACGCAGGCGAAGAUCAUGGCUGAGCACCCUCAGAUGGGCUCCUCCUCGAUCUGUCUCACGGCCUCGUUCACUCCCGGUUCCGUCUCGCUCUCGGCACACUCCCUGACCGUCCCGGGCUUCGAAUGGGGCCGGAAGAACCCGGACAACUCGUCCAAUCCCCCGGGAUUCAAUCCGAACAUGUCUGAGCGCGUGCAGCUGCUCUUGUCCGACCGCAUCCUGGGUAUGACUCUUGUUCCUGAGGGCAACGUGUGGAACUACGGCAUCGGGCUGACUCAGAUGUGGACGCCCAAUAUCCCCUACGCCAUGGUCAUCGACACGCCCCUGCUGUUCUGGGCCGAGGAGCACAGGCCUGCAGCUUUCUUGAGUUUUGCCAACCUGGAGACGGGUGAAGACAGUGCUGAUGUGGAUAACAACUUUGCAUGAUCCCUUGUAUCCUGUAUUUUAUAUCUCUGUAAUUUCUUGCUCGCAGUGAUGAGUACAUUGGACACAAAUGUCGUCCCUGUCACGUGCGCUCAUUUGUCAAUGACGCGUCCACCCAUCAAGCAUUCGUAUUCCGGCGGACUUAACUGACUACAUACCAUUCCUCUCCUGCAACGCUGAUGAGCACUGUGAAACUAUACGUUUACGACCUCUCGAAUGGCCUCGCGAAACAACUGUCCCAACAGCUUACCGGACGCCAGAUCGACGGAAUAUGGCAUACUUCGAUCGUCGUGUUCGGAAAGGAAGUGUGGUACGGGCAGGGAAUCAGUAUUGCUGCGCCGGGAACGAGCCAUCACGGACAGCCGAUGCAGAUUGUCGAGAUCGGAGAGACCGCUAUAGAUGAGGCGACGUGGCAAGAGUACCUAGACGAGAUGAGGGACUAUUACACCGCGGACAAGAUAUUGACAGUAUCAUCUUCUAGGUAAGAUCUUUACUCUAACGGAGUGUCUGUCUUGAAACCAAGCGGAUUGUCUAAGAUUUCAACUGUAAUUCAUUCACCAACGAUUGCGCGGGCUUUCUCACUGGCGAAUCAAUUCCUUCUUUUGUGACAGGCGGGUCAUCACUCACCUCUCUAUGUGGCAAAUAUCUCACCGAAUGUGGUCCACCUCUACAGACUUGCCUACGGACUUUCUGUCAACGCCCUUCGGAGCUGCCCUUCGGCCGACUAUUGAUGCUAUGUACCGACGUCCCGGACCAGCCGCGCCCUUGUCUCCUUCUCGUUCAGUACCACAACCAGAAGCCAUGUCUCUGCUUCAGGCUGUGGCGGCUCAGGCCCAGCGCCAGCAACAAUCGACUUCCUCAACAGCAGCAGCUCCAGCGCCCACACCAAUUCCCCAACCGCGACCGCUCGCCGCGACCGAGAGUCUGGCUGCCCCGCUGCAUCCCGUUAGCAACUCGGCGUCCUUUCGAUCGCUCCUGCAGACACACAAAGCCGUCGUGGCUUUCUUCACGGACUAUCAGGGAUGUGCACCGUGCAGGAUGAUCGCACCUGUCUUCGAGAGUCUUGCGUUGGAGAAAGGCGUGCGAAGUGGCAGUGCGGGGCGGGGCGCCGCCUUUACGAAGAUUGAUCUGAGGGUCGGGAUGGGCGGAAGUUUGGCUGGGGAAUGGGGGGUGAGAGUGACUCCGACGUUCAUGUUCUUUUUGGACGGCAAGAAGAUAUCUGAGCUCAAAGGUGCCGACCAAGCUGAACUAAGGACACAGAUCGAUCUGCUGUUAUUUCAGGCGUAUCCGCGUGAGUGACCAUCGUUUCUCAACAGUCCAGGGUCUCAUAUAACCAGCACACCCCACUCAUCUCUCGCCCUCCCUGCUGUCAAAGCGCUAUCGCUCACGCCGAUCUUAUUUACCCAAAGCCCUGCAUUGGAUGCAGUCUUUGCUAAGCUGACUACGCUGAUCGAUGCCUCACCAUCGGCUGCGACUGCUCAAGCCAGAGAAGUUUUGCGCGCUCAAGUGCUACCGUAUCUCAAGGCCCGGUUUGCGGCCGCUGCUUCUGUCAAGCCGACGCAGUUGCCGUCUGCCACCCACACCAUGCUAGUCGCUUGGGCUUCAGCGACCGCUGUGUUUUCCAAUGCGCUGCCGACCGAAUCGCUGUUUCCGCUUGUAGACAUGUGGCGCUUAGCCGUCCUCGAUCCUGCUGUUUCCAGAUGGCUCGCGGAGACUCCGAAUGCUGGCCCGAUCGGCAUUCUCAUGAGCAAAGCUGAUGAUGCUCUGAGUUUGUCGAUUGAAGAGAAGGGCGCGCGAAAUUAUGUGCUGACGAUUCUUCGACUCUUGACUAAUGCAUUCGGAAACUCUGCGUUGGGACGGCUUCUCUUGGCCGGAGUGGAAGAUCCGCUGUGAUCAUCAUCGUUCCUGCGUUGCUGCAUGUGGAUGCAGCUGUGCGAACGGCUGCAGCGAGUCUCGCCUUCAAUGUGGCUGCUAGCGCUCAGAGGCAUCGACAAGCGAGCGGGCUGGGUCUCGGUGGUGCAGCGCAGCCGUUGGGUAAGCUGGAUGCAGCAGAUGCAGCAAUGGCAGCCGACGAGGAGUGGCAGGUCGAGUUGACCAGUGCCUUGGUCGAGGCCAUCCAGCGGGAGACUGCAGAAGAAGUCCUCCACCGGCUGGUGGCUGCGCUGGCAUGUUUGCUGAGGUACGGGCCUGUGGAUGGCGAGGUCACUUCCUUAGCCGAGGUGUUGGGCGCCCGGGACAUUGUUCUCACGAAGAGCUCCGGUGUGCAGAAGCAAGACGUGAAGGCGCUGAUGCAGGAGGUUGGGACCUUGUGUUCUACGGCCGGGUAAAUUAUCAUUAUGUGUAAUACGUACAUUCUAUUAGAAAUCACAGGCAAUACAACGUGGGCCGUUGAGCUUCCAAAUUGUUUCAGAUAAGACUGUAGGAUCAUCUGGUCCAACUAGUGCUACCCGAAGGCCGAGGUAUCUCGAGACGGUAACGGUUGACCACCUCGGCCUGGGGCCGUUUCCUUUUUGAGGUGAUGCAACCUACUUAGAUCGGAUCAAAAUCCCCAAUCCGAUCGGUCGUCUUCCCAGGGCACCAUUCCGAAACCCUUGUCGAGUCCCAUCCCCGCUUCAUAGAUUUUGAACUCUGACUACUGGCAGCCCCUGGGUCCAGGGACGUGCACGGACUGUUGGUCCAUCUGUUACAUGCGCCCCAGCUGGUCAUCGCGCGAAGCCAUGUCAGCAUCGCCAUCUUCACGCUCCGCACCAAAUUUCUCGUCGUCGCAACCCGUGGUGCGACGUUCAUACCAUCCAGCGGCCCCAGCCCAACGAUCCCAGUGGGCAAUGUGGGUGGGGAACAUACCCCGGGAUGCGGAUCACCAUGAACUCUGGCGCUUCUUUACUCAACCGGACGGGAAUCGCACGACUCGCGGAGCUCUAAAUAACGGAGUCCAAUCGGUCUUCGUCGUGGCGCGCUCUAAUUGCGCGUUCGUCAACUACAACGCGGAGGACCAGCUGGCUGCAGCCAUCAGCCGCUUUAAUGGCCUGCCUUUGCGGUCUGCUGAACACGCCGCCGCCAUCGGAAGGACCAUGAGCGGCAAAGCCUCAAAGCCGCUUCUUUGCCGUGCUCGUAAGGAGGAGCACGACCUGUUGACUGGAGUGGGAGGUCAGCGGGGAGUUGGUCUGCACUCAAAGUGGAUCAAAGAUAAGACCCGACAUCGGACAGUCGAGGCGCCCCUCACCGUGACCUCAGGUGACGAUCCUGGUCACGACACCUGGGAUACGGUUUCCAAUGCUUCGACAUCAUCUAGCCUUCUGAGAGAGCACUUUCCGCAGCGAUUCUUCAUGCUCAAGUCGUACACGCAGGAUGAUCUGGAUAUCAGUCUUGAAACAGGACAGUGGAAUGCCCAGCAGCACAAUGCCGAGGUCCUCGAUCGUGCUUUCCGAACGUCGGAAGAAGUUAUUCUUUUCUUCAGCGUAAAUAAGAGCGGGGAAUUCUAUGGAUACGGCCGAAUGACGGGUCCGAUCACGCUCCGCACUCCUCACAUUCACACGACGGGAUCUGACGUGCCCGUGGUCACAUACAGCUCCACUCACGAGCUUCCCCCUCCGGAGACGUUUCUACCACCGGCCUUACUCGAGGAGAUCGAGGGGGAUCCAGAAUACGACUUUCCUUUGCAUUGGAUCUGUGUGGAUCGGCUCCCGUUUUCACGCACGAAACGGAUCCACAAUCCAUGGAAUCAGGACCGGGAAGUAAAGAUCUCGCGUGAUGGCACAGAGAUCGAACCUGAAUCCGGGCGAGCGGUCCUCGAGGCCUGGAGAAAUCAGAGAGCGAGUCUGCUGCAAGCAUCACACCUCAGGGUUUAACGGUUGAGAGGAUACAUGAGCCAUCUCGUUAGGCACUGUGGAUAUCCGGCACAGUUCUAGCUGCAUUUGUAGAAGGAUGCGUAUGCGAUUAAAAUGUUCAAGCUGGAUCUUGAUACGGACUAUGUACGUGGUAGAAACACAAGAAUGAUCAUCGAUAUAUAUCGGAUGUUCACGUGAAUGUCUCCGCCACGGCCACGUGAUGGGGCAACCACCCCCCAACAAUCCGACCCUCCUGCCACGAUCCACUACCCGCUAUGCACAGUCCCAUUCGCACCCAUCCUGCGGCAGUGCACAGCCCGAGUCGUCCGUCGUUUCAAGAGACGUCUGCCGAAAGUUUCGAGGCCAGCCUAAUGGCUGGAGGGUAUGGUGUCUACAAAACCUCAGAAUGGAUUCGCCAACCACAGUUUGCGGGUCAAGUCACUGCCCCAUUCCCACAUCCUGCCCCUGCCGUCCCCGGCCCCUCAUCCAAGCCACCGCCGCCGAAACUCGAGCUGCCACCGCCGCCCAUGUCUGAGAAGCAGAGACGAAAGCAGGCGCGGCUUGAUAAAUUCCGAAACGGUGGUGUGGGCGUCCCUCAGAAGCUAUAUAUCGGUCAGCUAAGGGGUAUCGGCCGGGUCAUUCUCGAUGAGACGCCGACGAACGGACUGUAUACGGAGGUCACUGCUGCUGCAGCAGCCCGACGGCCCGCUGAAGAACGGCGGAAGCGGAAAGCUGCCGCAGAUUUUGCGAUGCGGGAAAGGGAACGCAAGGAGCGGGAUAUGGUGUACGAGGAGGUGCCGUCACAGCCGAACUGGCCAGACCACGAUUUCCCUUGGUGCCUACAGGAGAAGAGGCGACUGAUGCAUGUGGAAGAGGACAAGAAUCUAAGGUUGAGGGCGCUGGCGGAUUUUUUUUCAGGUGAUACGGAUGAUGAGGAAUUGGAGGAUGCGGUGGAGAAGAGCUUGAAGGACAGGGAUACGCCGCCGCAGCAACAGCAGCAACAGCUGCCACCGUCGCAGGAUCCUGCGCCAUUGCAGGCAUCGCUUGCCACUCAGUCGGAAUCCGCGCCUGGCGUUCUCAGUUCACAACUUGAAGACCAUGUGCCUGUGACAUUGGGACCAGCCCCCUUAGCUCAACUGCCCUUGUUGCCCAUGGACCCAUGGGCAAGCUUCCCCCCCGUUCCCAUGAUGGUGCCCCGGAUGCAGGUCCCAGGCCCGCAUUCGCUGGUCUUCACCCAGCCCAUUCUUAAUCAUCCAUUACAUGCCGCAUCGCGAUAAGUUCUCUCCCACUUAUCUAUGCCUAUUUCAUAUAGGACUAUAUGGAUAGCGGAAUUUUUUUGUCUAGUUCGUUACAUAUAGAGAAUGCGGAAG